UCGCUAUACCAACGAACCGUAUGUGGAGAGCCAAAAAACAGAAAAGUUUUUAGUCGUUAAACAUCGUUUGUAUCAAACGGAUCAAAUCCUAUAUAUCGUUCCGUUCAACCCAUAUAGCCGCAUCCAUAUUCCUUUUACAUCCCUUACCCUUUACAUAUUCACAUUUUGUUGUUUUUUUUUUCGUUCUCUGCUCACACUAUAUUUCAAUUUUGAUAAAUAAUUAAUUCGAAAUAAAAUUGAAAAUUCUGUACAUUUAAUCCCACGGAUAAAUAAAAAAAAUGAAAAUUUUAUGUGCAAAAACAUGCGAAGUGAAUUGCAUAACAUAACUAUUUGUUAGAGGGUGCUACAAUGUUAAUAAAAGAAAUGAAAGAAAAAAUUAAAUAAAAUAUAUUUUCCAUGUAAAACAUAAUUCUUAGCGUAAUACGUAAGUGAUAAACUGGUUCAAUUCGCUGUAAUGUGAAGUUGUUAAGCGAAAACACUUUAGACCGUUCCUGUUUUCUUUUCAAAAGAAAAAUGUGAAUUAUUAUACCAAAAAAAAGGUUGCACAAAGAAACAAGUGAUAUUUUUAAGAAAAUGGUUUUAAAUAAAACGUUCCGAUCGAAAUUAUAUAUGUCUACAACAUGAAACACGGUUAUAUAUUAUUAUAUUCUUCACACACUCUGUCCAAUCGCAAAUAGCCUAUACCUAAAAUAUCAAACGUACAUCGCAGAUCGCAUAUCCUUUUCUUGGUGGAUGAAAAAACACUAGAAAAGAAAGAAAUAAAAUAGCCAACAAAAGCCUAAUAGUAUCGACAUAUGAAGUCCAUGAAACUAAAAUAUUUAUUUUGUAUAUCGCGUGUUUACGUGUUUAGUAAUAUUAUGGAACAGUGUUAGACAUUUACUUGGUGGUAUAAAGGAAAUUUAUUCGAUCACUUGAGCACUAAACAUAUUUUUUGUUGUAUACAAUACUUAUGUGUACCCAUAAGUCGUGAAGCUUUUUAUAACAUUUUGAAGCAUAAGCGAACAAAUAAAAAAAAGAACGAAAGAAAAUAUGUGGUCUCCGGCAUCAGAAAUUAGUUCAAUUGGAAUGACAACAGUGCGCAAUUCAACAUCAGUGUCUUCAGGUAUCUCAACACUGUCUAGUUGCGGUGAUCCAGAAAGAUUACCUGAACUACCAGCUGGUGAUGAGCAAAGACUUCAGCGUGCUGCACUACACUUGCAACAGAAACUGAUCUUGCGUGAAUGGCUGAAACAAAAUCGGUUGCAACACUUGUACUCAAAACUACUAUCCAUUGAAGUGACUUCUCUAGAUGACGUGUACUGGUUGGAAGAUUCAAAAUCUAGUAAAAUCUUUGGUAAAGAUUGGCAGACCUGGUCAAAGGCUAGACAGAAACUACCAACAUCUAAAUCGGCACUUACACAAAUAAAAGCAGACCUAUGGUCCACUGUUGUUAAGUCCAGUCAGCACCAAGACGCUUGGACAUGGGGAGGGAUGCUAGUUGUGUCGGUAUCAGUUGCUGGUCUAGUUACAUUGGCUGCAAUGACUCAACCAUCACUAGCACCCGAAGCACGACACUCGUUAUUGCAGUACGUGACCGGCAAGUAUUUAAUGCCAGCUAAUUGUAAAGUAACAUGGGACUGGACGGAUCCACAUGUUGUUGGUGGAACUAUGAUAUUUACCGUUCGAUUUUUCCAACGUAACGGGCAACCAUAUCCCAUAUGUGAUACCGAUCAAUUUUUUGUGGAAGUUACCGAAGGUACCCGAAAAGUGGUGACAAUAAGUGAAUUAGGAUCGAGCGAUCCAAGCAAUGCCAAUAUAGCGAAAGUAAAGUUCACAGUUCGAACUGCUGGACAGUACAAGAUAUCUGUGUUAAUUGGAUCUAGUCAUAUCGCUGGCAGUCCAUUUUUUAAAACUUUUAUUCCUGGUUCAAUGGAUGCCCGUCGUUCGCGUCUGAUUCGUCCCGCCAGUACAGUUAUAUGCUGCGCUGGUGCUCCAACAUUGUUACAUAUCGAACCGCGUGACGAUUUUGGAAAUAAUUGCGUGUUCGAUGUUAAUGACGAUCCUAUUAAGGGUUAUUGUGUCGAAAUUUUCGAUUUAAAUGAUGUGCCACUUGAGAAGCUAGUUGGUGCCAUAUCUCUAGCAUACGACAAAGUUAAUUCACGCGUAACGGUGCAAGCUUUAUUUCCAGAACCAAUUUGCUUAAAGGCGAUCAUCAGUUUCGAAGGACAGAAACUUCCUAAUGGUGAUUUUGAUAUAAUUGUUUUGAGCAAUAGCGAUAAUACUUUGGUGCAUAAAAACAUUGCCUCACGCAAGCACAAUAUUUGCUAUGAGGCUAAGCUUUUGAGUGUUUUCGGACAGCCCAAGGUGAAGCCUCGUAAGGUACACUGUUACAUUGGACCAAAACAGAACACGAAUUUAUUUCAGAUUACAAUUAAGGAAAUGAUUUUAAAAUUUAUUCCGAAACGAAUUGCCACUUUCCGAUUGUGUCCGUCCACUAAAUUUCACUUUUUGCCACCAUCAAAUUUACAAACCAGUAGCGGUCAAGUUUUCAUAAUCGAUGAUGGAUCCCAGCCAAAAAUCGAACUAUCAUCGAAAGACAGAAAUGUUAUAGCCGCAACAUUCACCCAUUUUCUUCUGAAAAAUAUCGGUGGCUCCGAAACGUUCAAGGACAAACAGGAUUUCUUCUAUCACGAGGUGCGAAAGUUUCACUCAAACUAUUACCAUGAAAAGCUAUCGCUGAAAGUGAAUCGAGAGAAAAUUCUUGAGUCCAGUAUGAAGGCCACAAAGGGAUUUUCAGUGUCUGAUUGGUGCGGUAAUUUCGAGGUGACUUUCCAAGGCGAACAAGGAAUUGAUUGGGGCGGAUUACGGCGAGAAUGGUUUGAGUUGAUAUGCAGCAGUUUAUUCGAUCCGCGUGGUGGAUUGUUUUGCACGUUUCACGAUAAACGAUCAGCCCUUGUGCAUCCGAAUCCGAAUCGUUCGCCAAAUUUGAAAUUGAAAUAUUUUGAAUUUGCGGGGAAGAUUGUGGCGAAGUGUUUGUAUGAGAGUGCACUUGGUGGUUCGUAUCGUCAGUUGGUCCGUGCUAGAUUCUCUCGAUCAUUUUUGGCGCAACUAAUCGGCUUACGGGUCCAUUACAAGUACUUCGAACAGGAUGAUCCCGAUUUGUAUUUGUCGAAAAUAAAGUACAUCUUGGAUACGGACCUAGAUACCAGUGAUAGUAUGGAGCUGUAUUUCGUUGAAGAAGUUUACGAUAAUCUGGGUCAGCUGGUGAAAACCAUCGAGUUGAUACCAAACGGAGCUAAGACUAGAGUCACCAAUGCCACCAAAAAUCAGUAUUUGGACGCACUGGCACAGCAACGAUUAUGCAAUAAUGUUCGUGACGAAGUGGACAGCUUCCUAAAGGGUUUGAAUGGAAUCAUUCCCGAUAAUCUGCUGAGCAUUUUCGAUGAAAAUGAACUGGAGCUGCUCCUCUGCGGAACUGGAGAAUACUCCAUAACUGAUUUCAAGACGCACCACAUUGUCAACGGCAAUUCGCAAGAGUUUCGACGAGUACUGGCAUGGUUCUGGGCAGGCGUCAGCAAUUUUAGUCAGACUGAGAUGGCUCGACUACUUCAGUUUACGACUGGAUGUUCUCAAUUACCUCCGGGAGGAUUUCAAGAACUGAAUCCGAGAUUUCAAAUAACUGCAGCUCCUACAUUCGGAAAUUUACCAACAGCCCACACAUGUUUUAAUCAGCUCUGUCUUCCUGAUUACGAGAGUUUCGAGCAAUUUGAAAAAGCUUUACUAAUUGCAAUUAGCGAAGGUACCGAAGGUUUCGGAAUGGUUUAAGUCUGGUUUUUGAGCAGUGACUGUUAGUUGGGAGCAAUUAAUUCUAACCGAUGUAUAGUGAAUUACCGAGUGAGAACCGUUUUGUGAGAAGACAUCGUCGAACAUAUACAAAACAAAAUACGUAGCUGUAGGUACAGCGUCCCUAUCCAAAUUGCGCUUAGCCACAAUCUCCAAUAAGCGUUGGUAUUUCGCAGACAGCUAUUUCAUCUGACAGCGGAGACACAAAAAGAAUGAAUAAACUGUGACUAGUUCCAUCUUUUGCAGUAAAAUGUUUGAUAAAAUCAACGAAGUAAUAGAUUUGAAAUUACUCCGAACAAUAGAAGUAAAAUAUUCGCUGAUCAUAGUGCUGCUAUGCUAGCCGUCUGCGAAAGAUUAAUGAAAUGAUAUUGUGAUUGUGUAGCCACUCAAAAUGUGUUAAAAUCGCUUUAAACGAGAAAUUGACAAAUUUCAAUCAAUCAAAUACAAUUGUAGAAGUAGAAAGACCAACUUUAAUCUUGUAGAAACAAAAACGCUCUAGAUCUAAUAUUGACCAAGUGUAUUAAGAUUGACAAAAGGUUUUUUUUGGUAACACGUACCCGAACACCCACAUACAUAGAACACAUAUCCAUUUGCUUAACAGUUGAUUGACUAAUUUCAGGCGUCAAAAUUAAGUUCCAAAAUUUAAGCACUAAAUACAAAUAUUUCGUUCUUUUAGCUUAUUGGCCACACGCGACAGCACUUAAACUUAAAUGUUUUGUGCGAAUCGAUUUAUAAUUUGGCAACGAACUUAUUUACAAGCUCAAAAAAGCUUAUUUUUUGAUAAUAAUAUUCCACCAUCGACCCACUGACGGCAACAACUUCGUUUUGAUUCGCGACUACAAGAUAAGCUUAUCUUCAUCUUACCUCGGACACACAGCCCAACUCAUUAACAGUACAGUGAGCUAUGACUGGUCUAACUGGAGUAGAAUUAUAAAAUGUAAAGUCAUCAAAGAACAAACUAGAAACUAGUUAUGGCUCAGGCUUUGAACUUAAGGCUCACCACCAUUUCAAUCGAAUAAUACGUUUCGAUUGUGCUGACAACACAAAAUACAACAGUUUACUGACAUCGUUACCCAAUGAUGCUUCUCAUGGCGUAGGGUAAUCUGUCACACGGUGCUAAAACAACGCAUUUUUUAACUACGUAAAUCGUAGGUCGAUCGUAAUGCUUAAAAACACUUGCAGCAUUAAACAUGCGUGUGCUAGUUCACCUUUUACAUAGUCGAAGAGUGCGUUCUUUUGGCACCCAGUGACAAAUUUCCCGAUUCCGAUUCCUCGCUGCUCAUACCGAUAACUUGUAGAAAUUAGACAAAAUACAUAAAAGACAAGAAUUGGGUAAAGGAGCUGUUGAUUGCCAAUUUGAAAGUUUUCAUCUACGUUAACAACAGAGGACCAAUAAACCAUAUAGCAACUCGAGUUUAACUUCAUACGAGCGAAGCACCUUUUUCCGUUGCCACCCCACUAGCACACAUUUUGUUGCAUUCACAUUUGUAUCAGUUUAUCAGUUUAUUUGUUAAACAUAGCGGCUGCUAGGAAAUUCGCGCCGUGUCAUUCACAAUAAUUGACAAAACGACACAUUUUGUAUAAGGAAAAUGUCACUUUGUGGGUUAUUGUGAAUUACACCGCGCGAAAUUCCUCAACACCAACAUAACAACGUACAUUACCAAUGACAUAUAAGUCUUGUGUCAUUGCACAUUACAACACAGGUAGCUGGACAAAAUUACACAAAAUAUUGAAAUACUGAACUGCCCCUUCUUAUAAAAUUUAAAAGCAAAAGCAAAAAGUGAUUAGAAACCUUUACUAAAAAAUUGUAAUAAAAAAACUGUAGUUUUUUGCCUUAUAAUAAACUAUAUAUAAUGUGAACCAUACAUAAAAUUUGCAUUAACCAUACGUUGAGUUUUAGGCUACAAAAAAAAAUAUUUUGAGAAAAAGACGACGCGCCAAAAAUUUUAAUAUAAAUUCUAAUGGUCUCUUUAGCGUAACAAUAUUUGAAAUUUGUAAUUAGUGAAACCUAAAACGGAAGUAUAUAACUCGACGAGCUUGAAAUAAGUUCAACAUGAAUUUUACAUGAGCCUA